GGCAAUUGUGUUGACUGAGUUUGAAGUCUAAAGCCUUGUUAUGGACGCAAGGAUAGUUUGCAUGUUUUUAGUGGCUGUUUCAAUUUAUAAAAUAAGCUCCAAUACAGAAGUUCUGCUGAAAAAAUGCCGGAAGAAUAUCAGCGACAUUUGCGCAACUGCUCCUACGGACAAGUACUGUUGUGUGAUGGAUGGCGAGAAAUGCUGUUCAGAAAGCCAAUACAAUGAAGAUAAGAAAAAGCUUGUCGAUAAGAUUAUCGAAUUGGAAAAGAAAAGUCAACAGGGGGGGUCAAGUCACAAUGAAGAAAAGUACAUUGACUCCAAUUCUGGCAGCAGAUGGAAGCGGAGUAUGAUCAUAUGUUUCUCUGCUAUCGUUCUAAGCUGCUUAGCAUGCUGUGUGGUUGAUUUUCUGUGGAAUCUUUGUAGCCGUUUUUCAAAAACCCUGACGCCCACCCGUUUUAAAAAGAACAACCAUGAAUCCAGGCUUCCUCAGCCUGCGCGGCGGAAAUCGUUUCUUUGCUUUGCAGCUCGCAAUAAACAAAGAUCGCCAAGUGCUGACAGCGAAGAUAUGGGAGAUAGUCUGGAAGGUAGUAUAAAGCUAAAUUCAUCUGCUAAUGUGAUGGUUCCUAGUAAACAAUCGCCAAUGACAGAGUCCAGAGCUUCAACCCCUGAAGCUUAUCAGGACCAAGCGAAAGCUCUCACACGUACAAGAAGAGAGUUGCAGUUUUUGAAAGCAAAGGUUGAGUCUGAUUGCACGAAAGAUAUGCGUCGAUUGGAGAUAUCAGUUCUACCUUGCCCCAAUCAAGGAACUCAAUCUGCUGACAACUUGUCGCCUUCGAAAAAGCCAAGUAAUUGUGUAGAGGUAGAACCGACUGGAUGUAGUCGUAACUGCCACUCAUUGCGAAACUCUCCAGUUUUCCUCAGAUCUAAAUCACAUCCGACUAAUGCAGUUAAAUUCUCCACUGCCACACGUAGUAGUGGAGCUAUUCCCAAAAGCUCGAGCUUGAAAUUCGCUACAAUGCAUUCAAUGUCCAGUCGUGACCAGGAUUCGAGCUUCGUUCAGAGGGAAAUUGACCACUAUCUUCAGUCGGAGUCAUCAAGCGGGAAUAUCAAUCGAAGUUAUCACACUGCAUCAGCGAAUAAGACACCCUAUUUGACAACGACCGCGGAGUUUUUCGAGGCAGACUGCUGAACUUAAAACUAUUUUAGCUAAAUUCUACCUUAACUUUUUGCCAUUCGUUAUUUGUUCUAAAAAUUCGAAAACUUAUUGAUAGUUUGUGUUUGAUAUUGUGUUUAUUCAUGUAUUCGAUACUGGAUAGUGUUGUGCUUUUGUAUUGUCCUUUGUUUUAUAU